UCCGUAUAUGUUAGAGGUUAAUCGUCAAAUUAGUUAUCUAAACAAUUACCGUUCAGUAAAAUUAAAAGUUAGAUUAAUAAAAUAUUAAAUCGAUCUAAUCCGUAUUUUUUUUACUUCCAAACUUGUUCUUUCUGAAUUUUAGAGUUUAAAUAGAAAGACGCGUCAGUUAAAGAUUUUCAUAAAUAUACAAAUAACAAGCUUUUAAGCUGUAUACUGUUCUUACUGUCCAGAAAAUAACAGCAGCUUGAUGUUACUACAACUAGUCUACAACUCCAUUUAUAGGCCAUUUCACUGAAAUUCCAGUAAAAAAAAAAAAAAAAAGAAAUUCCUGCCUGUUAAUUGAAGUGCAAGAAAACCCAUCUUUUUGUUUACUUAAAGCACCCAUUUUGCAUGUGAGCUGCUGAAUUAGUACACUAAAUUUAGCUAAGACAGCUUCAGAUCACACCCUUUUAUGACUCUUAUGCAUAUAUAUUAACCCAAUUCUAGUAACUUAAAGUAGCAGGUUUACAUCAUUAUUUCUAGUACUUAACUUAUUUAUUGAUUGAUCGCGUAAUUUUGAUUGUUGAGGAUGUUUUGGCUCAUUAUUUGGUUUUAACAAAAAUGAGAACACUGCACAUCUCUCAAACUAUGCAACUCGUUGAACGAUUUACUGAGAGGGUCACUGAAGGAUGGAAGUAUUCAAGAGUCACUUUGAUCUUGAUUGUUUGUCUCAUAAGUCUGCCUGUUUUCCUGAUCUUGUUCAAAGACUCGAAACCUCUUGCUGAGCCAUUUGAUACAACUGAAAAACCUUUGAAGGAGAGCUCAACUAAGCUGUUGGGAGGACUUUCACAGGAUGUUACACCAUUGGCUGCAGAUGGACAGAACAGUUCAUCAAAUAGUUCUAUUCCUAGCAGCAAGCCUGUUAUCGAGCAGCACAAACUGGUUGAUGAGCUUAUAGCUUCAGGAUUUGUUAAAGAAUCAUGCAUAAGCAGGUACCAAUACUCUUCAUACCAUAAAAACAAGCCUUAUAAACCAUCUUCUUAUUUGAUUUCCAAAUUACGGAGCUAUGAAGAACUCCAUACACGGUGUGGACCGCAAUCAUUGUCCUACAGAAAAAUUAUAAGCAAGCUAUCAAGAACACAGCACAUACAUGAUACUGAGACCACACCAUGCAAGUACUUAGUUUGGACACCUGCAAAUGGAUUAGGAAAUAGAAUGGUUAGCAUGGCUUCAGCUUUCCUAUAUUCCCUACUUGAAAAUCGAGUUUUCCUAGUUGAGUUUGAGUCUGAUAUGGAUGGCCUCUUUUGUGAACCAUUUCCUAAUUCAACAUGGCUUCUACCCAAAAAAUUCCCUCAUAAAAACCGUUGGAGUCAACUACCAACCUUUAAAAACAGGGCAAAUUCAGGGGAAAGUGGGCUUUCGCCGUCUUUUGUGCACCUUGAUAUACAACAUGGGCAUGGUGAUCAUAACAUCCGGCAUUUUCAUUGCAAUGAUACUCUUGUCUCCCUACAGAAAAUCCCUGUUUUGAUCAUAAUAUCAGACCAAUAUUUCGCGCCUUCAUUAUUCAUGAGUUCAUCCUAUAAGCAAGAGCUAAAUAAAAUGUUCCUAGAGAAGGAUGCAGUUUUUCACCAAUUAGGACACUACCUUUUUAGCCCUUCCAAUGAGGCUUGGGGACUAAUCACAAGAUUUUAUGAAGCCUACUUAGCUAAAGCAGAUGAGAAAAUCGGCCUCCAAAUCAGGGUUUUUGAUCAUCAACACGUUCCAUUCCAGAAUAUAAUGUCACAAAUUUUAUCAUGCACCCAAUCCCAUAACAUACUACCCUCAUUGGAUAACACAAAAAAAUCUCUAGAAUUUCCAUGGCAAAACACAACCUCGAAAUCAAAAGCUGUACUAGUAGCAUCAUUAUAUCCCGAGUAUGCUGAGAGGUUGAGGAGUAUGUAUUGGACAAGGCCAACGACGAAUGGAGAUGUGAUAGGAGUUUAUCAACCAAGCCAUGAAGAAUACCAAAAAUUUGGUGACAACAUGCAUAACAUGAAAGCAUUGGCUGAAAUAUAUCUGCUUAGUUUGUGUGAUGUGUUAGUGACUAGCCCUCAGUCCACUUUUGGGUAUGUUGCCCAAAGUUUAGGGGGGUUAAGACCAUGGAUCAUGGUUAGUUUAGGGAAGAACAAGCACUCGGAUCCGCCUUGUAAACAAGGCAUUUCUAUGGAGCCUUGUUUUCAUACUCCUCCACAAUAUGAUUGCAAGGGCAAGACUAGGAUUACUAACUUUACCAAACUUUAUCCUCAUAUUAAUGCUUGUGAUGAUUUGUGGUGGGGAGUUAAGUUAGUUGAUUUAUGAUCUUUUGAGCUUCAAUAAUGUAUUUGUAAUUAAUUCAUAAUGAAUCCUAUGACUAUUGUAUGUUUUUUGAAAUGUACGAAAAUGAUUUUCUUAAUUAAAAUACAAAGUUAUAUUUAUGCAAAAAUAUUUUGAAUAUUAAGACGAUAAUAUUUAGUGUGUAUUC